AUGGAUGAGGAGGAACAGGGGGGCUUCGAAGAGGAGACUGUGAGAGAGCUGUGCACGCGUCUCUGCGCGUUGGCUGAAUCCAAGAUAUUCCGACUAGAUGCUGUGCACAACAAGCAGGAUGGUUGUGGGCUGCGGUUCCUUGUUGCCCCUCCAGGCGGGUCCCGGAUUGUGGGUGGGCAGGAGGCUAUGGCUGGGGCCUGGCCGUGGCAAGUCAGCAUCCAGAUCUUCAGCCAUCAUCUCUGUGGGGGGUCCAUUCUGAACCCCGUGUGGGUGCUCUCUGCAUCCCACUGUUUCAACAAAGAGAUCAGCAAGAGGCAUUUCAGAGUGGUAGCAGGAAUGGCCACGUUGUCACAGCUUGGAGAACAGGCGCAGGUUCGCUACAUCACAAAAAUCCAGAUACACAGCGACUACAAUACAACUACUCUGGAUAAUGAUGUUGCUCUUCUGCAAUUGGACUCUCCGUGGAACUUCACUGACUUCGUCCAUCCCAUCUGCAUUCCUCGCACUGAAUAUGAAGAAGCCUCACUUAACUUCAGCCAGUGCUUCAUCUCAGGAUGGGGCAGCACUUACUAUGGAGGGCCUGGGGUGGACAGCUUACAGGAAGCAGAGGUGGAGAUGAUUGAUCGACAGACAUGUAACCAGAUCCACUGGUACAACAAACGGAUCACUGAAAACAUGCUCUGUGCCGGACAUGAGAGCGGUGCUGCGGAUUCGUGUCAGGGCGACAGUGGGGGGCCUCUGCAGUGCUACAGUGAGGAGGAAGCGAGGUUUUACCUUCUUGGAGUGACCAGUUUUGGUUACAAUUGUGCAACACCGUUCAAGCCGGGAGUGUAUGUGCGGACCAGCCGGUACUGGCAGUGGAUAGACACAGAACAGCACAGGUCUGCAAGUCCCCAGUCCAGUUCAAGUUCAGCGCUGAUCCUCCUCAGUGUGGGACUACUGCUGCACCAGUUCUCACUAUAA